AAGCUUAGCAGCAGCUACUGGAGUCAAAGAGUGCAUAGAUGUGGAACGCAAGUCCAGGGGCUGAAAGAAUCUCAUCAUGAAGAUCCCUGAGAUGUGGACAUUCCUGGUGAGGUUGACAUUUGUGGCCCAUCCUUAAUUGCCCUUGAGAAGCUUGCAUUUCUAAGAUUCCUCGCUAUGUUCGGGAGAGGAGGGGAACAAAACUGAAUAAAACAAAACAAGCUGAAACAAUGAAAACCGAGGCAGAACUUGAACAAGAAAAUGAACUCAAGACAACUGAGAUUCAAAGUGAUUUUUCAUAUUCUAUCCUGAACCAGCCUACAGCUAAAAAAGGACCUAUCAGCCUAAUUCUCAUUGCUGCAUCUCUAAUUGCUUCUGGAAGUGGACUCAUCUUUGGCUAUGAGCUUGCAAACAUUUCUGGAGCUCUUCUACAGCUGAGCACUGAUUUCAAGCUUACUUGUGAGAAACAAGAAAUAGUUGUAAGUGCAAUCUUAAUUGGAGGCAUAGCAGGUUCCCUUGCUGGCGGUUACAUCAUAGAUCGAUGGGAAAGGCGGAUAGGAAUCAUUGUAACAACUUGCUGUUUUAUAUUGGGAAAUGCCAUUAUGUCAGCAGCUACCUCCUAUGCAAUGCUCGUUGCAGGUCGCAUCAUCGUGGGAAUUGCUACAACUUCAGGUGUAAUUGCAGCAUGUAUUUAUCUAUCGGAGAUUGCAUCACCGGACAGAAGAGGCACGCUUGUAGCUCUGACUGAACUCAUGACUGUUAUUGGUGUUCUGUUGGCCUACAUUUUUAAUUAUACUUUUUCUAGAACUUCAAAUGGAUGGCGGUACAUGUUCGGAAUUGCUAUCCCACCAGCUGCACUGCAAGUCACUGGCAUAUUUUUCCUUCCGCAAAGUCCUCGGUUUAUGGUUAAGAAAGGAUUUGAUGAAAAGGCAAGUCUCGUCCUGCAGAAGAUUAGAUCAUAUUCCAAUGUUGAUGAUGAACUCACAAACAUCAAAUCUUCCUUGACCACUGAAAGCGAUUAUACGUUUUUAGAUCUGUUUAGGUCAAAGGACAACAUGAGAAUGCGAUUCUGGAUAGGAGUUGGUUUGGUCCUGUUUUUGCAAGCUACAGGUCAAACAAAUGUUUUAUUUUAUGCAUCCACUAUCUUAAGAUCUGUUGGUUUUGCAAGUAAUUCAACAGCAACAUUAGCUUCAGUUAGCAUGGGACUGGUGAAAGUUCUUGGCACGGUUCUAGCAAUGUUCUUCAUUGACAAAGUAGGACGUAAAAUAUUUCUUAACGUAGGAAGUACUGUUAUGAUUGUAUCAUUGAUUAUAUUGGCAUUGAUGACCCAUAAAAUCCCAAUGGAGUUCACAGAGAUCUGCACUUACCCUAAUCACUGGCAAGGUAAUGAUACAUCUACAACACCUGGAUUUAAUUCAGUAGCUGUCACUGUCUUUCCUUCCAGUACAGACUUCCGUUUAUCAAAACCUACAAACCUCUCAGUAACAAAGCAAGGCAAUAUGGGAAUUACAAUACUGCAAAAUGCAUCCUCCUCUCCAUUUGUGGGAAGUCCUGAGACAGAUAAACACACGAAUGAACAAGUCUCUCCUGUGUUGAAGUGGCUGUGUCUUUGUUGUCUGCUUGUAUAUGUGGCUGCCUUUUCUAUGAGUUUUGGACCAGUAGCUUGGGUGCUGCUGAGUGAAAUUUUUCCAAUAGGGAUAAAAGGCAAAGCCAUGGCUUUCAUAGGAUGCUUGAGCUGGGUGAUAAAUAUGCUCAUUACUUUAACAUUUCUGUCUGUGACAGAAUCAAUUGGCCUUAUGUGGGUGCUUCUAAUAUAUGCGAUACUGAGCUUUGGUGGACUGAUUUUUGUCAUUUCCGUUGUACCUGAGACAAAAGGUCAGACUCUAGAGGAGAUAUCUGAACAUCUAAAGCAGGGGUUCAACAAAACUCCAACUUGCUGUACAACUGAACGUUUGAAAGGACUGAUUCCAGCAUUAAUUCGGAAACGCAUAGAUGGUGAGCGCUCCAUCUGGGCUACUGACAUCCAAUACCACACACAUGGCUUGGAAAAUCUUUUUGGUGACUCUUCUUUGUAAAUUGUAUUAAAAAAAAAGUACUGACUGUUUGGAAAUGAUAUUGCACUGAUUAUCUACAAAUUUUGUUUUAAUUCAAUAAUAUUGAUUUUCAUUCUCCA